AUGGUAAAAACCGCUUACUGUAAUUUGUUCUUUGUUAUCGAAUUUGGAAAAUUUUUUGGAGCUUUCAGAAGACAAAUGGCUGACAAAGCAAAUGAAGAAGAAGCAGUAUUUGAAAGUUUGGAACGAAUCUUGCCAAACAUUUCUACUAACAGAGGUAAUGUCAGUAAUUUUAUGACCUUUAAAAAAAUUUUUCGGAACUACAAAUUUGUAGAACAAGGGAUUAGUUUGGAUAAUUCGCGUCCGUUUAAUUUGGCAUUCACACGACUUAAAAAUCAAAUGACUUUGGUUGGAUCUGAUACAAAGCAGCUUGCUAGUAAACUGAAAAUGAUUUGUGGUUUGGCGGAUAAUAUUUCAAGCAAGGUUUUGGCGUUGGACGUAGCAAAAGGUCGUGUAGUCGAAUGCUUGCAACGAGUAAACGAUUUGAUGGAUUUAUGUACUUGUGCUGAUGGUGUACGUUCUGCUAUCGAGCAAGAGGAUUACGAAUUAGCUGCCCGACAUAUUCAUAAGUUUUUGACUUUAGAUACUUCGGUUUUUCGAUUGAGCGAUCAAGAAGAAGGGAAAUCAGAUGAUGGGCACUCCAUGGGAAAAAGCUAUGAGAUUUUACGUGAAUCAGCAGCUGAAAUGAUAUUAAUAAUUGAAAAACGCUUCGAUCAAGCUGUGGAAAAUAAUGAUAUUGCUUCUAUUCAAAGAUUUUUCAAGUUGUUUCCUUUUUUGAAUCAAUACGAGGCUGGAAUAGAACGGAUUGGUGAUUACAUUUGUUCAGAGAUUCGUAAAUUUGCGAAGCGGAAUAGUGAAAUGAUGCUCGCUGGUGGAAUAGAUGAACGUAGAGUAAGUGUGCUCUAUGCAGAUUCACUGACAAUGCUGUUUGAAGGUAAUUUUAAAGCGUUGUUUUCGUUAUUUUUGUAUCGUGAAAUGGAUCUUUUGGUUUCAGAAAUUGCUCGACAGAUUCAAGUAUAUGAGCCACUGAUUAUUUCAUGUUAUGGUCCAGAUAAAUUGCUAUCGUUGAUUGAAAUAUUGCAGGCUAGUAGACGUUUUUGCUUAACGAAAAGUAUAGAUAGAAAAGAAUGUGAUUCAGAAGCUGAACGAAUUAUUGAUGCAUUCACCGAAAAUAGGCAAUUUGAUAGUAAGGCAAAAGCAGUUGGAAAGUUGAUCAAAAAUUUAGACAAACAUGUAUCAGUUGAAAAUGUUUCACUGCGGGUCACUUACUCAUUACAAUUUUCCAUACUUCUGUUGCUGGUUUUAGAUAAAAUCGACGCAUUGGAACUGGACAUUUUAUUAUCCGAAGUAACGCUUAUGCAUUCUAGAACUAAUUUGUACUGGCGUUAUUUGAAAAGACGAUUAAAUGCGGCAAAUAUGAAAACUGAUGAGCAGCAGAACUCGGUUGCUACGGAAAUGAGUUUUGGUGAGGCACAGCGUUUUAAUACCACAAAAUCAAAACAAAAGCAAGAGAGAAGUAAAAAGUUGGAUGAUUUAGUUUUGCGGUCAGCUCUUGGGACAAAAUUACAGGAAUUGCUCGGUAAUUAUAUUCUCAUGGAGCAAUUUUAUAUGAAAGAAUCGGUUGCGAAGGCAAUGAUAAUGGAUUUGAAAGAAGCUGGCAGUUUAACGAGGUGCUCUAUGCUUGAUGAUGUAUUUUUCAUUGUUCGUAAAUGUAUCAUUCGUUCUCUCAGUUCAUCAUCUGUGGAUUGUACUUGCGCUGUUUUAAAUAAUGGUGUUACUGCAUUGGAUAUGGAUUUUUUAAAGUACAUAUAUCAAGGAAUCAAAAAUGGUUAUCCGGGUGUGGGCUGGACUGCAGAAGCAUAUCAAACAGCACAAACAGCUUAUAAUGUUAUACAACAUGGCAAAACAGUUGCAGUGUCUGGACCUGAGAAACAAAAAGAAAUUUUCUUGAUGUCUUUAAACAACGUCCGUGCGUCUGCUGAAUGCACAAGGGCAUUGAAGAAAGGAAUUUUGGAAGAUUUUCAAAAAAAUUUGACUGAACUCAAUGAAGUUGAAAAGGGGAAAUUAGAGAAUGCAACCAGUCAACUGGAUGAUUUGGUGCGGAAAUUUGAUAGCUCUGCUAAUGUUGGCAUUGAUAAAUUAUGCACUGCUGCAUUUCGACCGAAAUUAAAACCAAUCAUGGAUCUUUAUCUGGAUGUUACUCAUACUCCAUCUGAAACUGAAUUUGCUAAUUUCGAAGCUGACAACCCGUUUAUAGAUAAUUUUAUCGCAACGCUUGAUCGUCAAUUUGCUGCUUUUGAAUCUCUGCUUAUUCCCGCCAAUCAUCAAGAGUUGUUGGCCGCGGUUUGUGCCGAAAUCUCUAUGCAGUUUGAACGGGUAAUUAUGAAAAGCUUGUAUAAUCGGCUUGGUGGUUUGCAGCUUGAUAAAGAUUUUCGUACUCUAAGUUCUUAUCUCACAAAUAUUGCUGGUUGGAUUGUACGAGAAAAAUGCACAAGAUUGUCUCAGAUAGUUUCCAUCAUAAAUGUGGACAGUGUGGAAGAAGCAGAAGAAUGUUUUCACCAAUCACAACUACACAACUGCAUAUUAACAAGUAAUGAAGCAAUGAAAAUACUUGUGUUACGAAUUGAUUUACCGUCUGAUGCAAUUAAGAACGCAUCAUUUUGA